AUGGGCGAGCAGAAUGGCCGAUCUCGCGCCGGCGCCGAUGCGAUCGCUCUCCUCCGGCAGGAGUGGGGCUGUCUCGUUGCGCCGUCGGCCGAUCUGAGUCGAGAGGAACGAGAGCUGAUGUUCUCCAACUUGGGAGAGAACGUGGCGGCGCGCGAGGCGGAGCAGGUGGAGGCCGCUCGGCGGCGGGCGAUGUUGCAAGCGGAGGCGGAGGCGGAAGUGCAGGUGGCCGAAGCGCAAGCGGCCCCGACAGUCGGGGGCGGCGAGAGCGACGGCGACGCGACGAAGGCUUUGCCCGAGAGGGCGACGAGCGCUCGGCCGGAGCCUUUGCCCGCACGCCUCCGGCGCGUCUGUGAGGUCCUUGGCUUGGAGCCGGGGCGCAACCUGGUGGCGACGGCCCGCAGCGCGGCGGAGGCGCUCGGCUUGGGCCUCUCGGGCAAGAGCCUGCCCGACCAGGUAUUGGAGCUCGAGCGAUGUCUGAGCUUGAGGCGGAUCACCAAGGUGUCUGCACAAGACAACACUGGGUACGGGUUUCUACGCGACUGCGCCUGCCCCACCGCGCAUUAUCCAAACUAA